UUUUUUUUUUUUUUUUUUUGAAGGAGAAUGGUGGCAAUAGAUUCAAUAAACAAUGCAGGCGAGCUUGAUAUAAUGCUGAGCCGGAUGCAAGAAAUGGUUACAAAUUAUAUCAGAGAAGGUGAGCAUAGAAUCAGGCCGGUUGUAAACUUCCGUAACCCCAACGAGCUUUACAAGGUUGUAGAUUUUUCAUUGCCCGACGCCGGCUCUGGUGCUGACGGAACGUUUGAUCUUAUCAAAUCAACGUUGGAAUACAGUGUCAAUUCAUGGAACCCACGGUUUAUGGACAAAUUAUAUGCAGGCGCCAAUCCAAUAGGCGUUAUUUCAGAGCUCUUACUUGCCGUCUUGAACAGCAACACUCAUGUUUACCAUUGUUCCCCUGUGUUCACUUUGAUGGAAAUUGAAGUAACAAAGGCCAUGGGACGAUUAUUCAACUUAGGCACGAACGCAGGCGGUUUAUUUUGUCCUGGUGGAUCCGCAUCAAAUUUGUUAGCUAUAGUGACAGCAAGAAAUACGCUUUAUCCUUCCAUCAAAAAAGAAGGCUAUUUGCCUCGGCCCUUCAAUCCUACAGCAGACUACGGCAAAUUGAAAAUCUUUACGUCUAGUCACAGUCAUUACAGCAUUGAUAAAGGAGCCCAAUUAAUGGGAUUAGGUGCAGAUAAUAUUGUUAAGGUGCCUGUUGAUAAUAAUGGCAGAAUGCGAGUAGACGAGCUGGAACGACUCAUGUGUGGCAGUAUUGAAAAGGGUGAAACACCCUUCUUCAUCAAUGCCACUGCAGGCACGACCGUUCUGGGUGCGUUUGAUCCUAUCCGCCGAAUUUCCGCUGUUGCCAAGAAAUACAACUGUUGGCUACAUGUUGAUGCGUCUUGGGGUGGUGGUGCUAUCUUUUCAAAUAGAACAAGGUCUUCAGGAAUCGAGGCGAGUUGGUUUGAUGGUUCCGAAUUAGCGGAUACCAUCACCUUCAAUCCUCACAAACUACUAGGUGUCCCGUUACAGUGCUCAAUGCUUUUAACACCUCACAAUGGACAUCUUCUAUAUGCCCAGGCGAACUCCUUGCAAGCAGAUUAUUUAUUUCAUGGUAACCCAUACGACCUUGGUGCUGGCACUAUUGGUUGCGGACGACGACCGGACGCUGCAAAGCUCUUUCUCUCCUGGAAAUUUUAUGGUAAGGAAGGUUUCGGUGCACGUAUCGACCGCGCCUUAGAUAUUGCUCAACAAUUCACAGACAUCAUCAGGUGUAGACCCAAUUUUAGGCUUGUAAAGAAUUCCACUUCAUUCUUGCAGGUUUGUUUCUGGUUUGUUCCACCUCGGAUAGCCUCCUUUAUAGAAAAAGAUGGCUCUUUAUUAGCAAACGUGACGAAAGAGCUACAUAAGAAAGUCAAUCAAAGAGGAGAUUUCAUGAUAGAUCAUGCGCCAGUAGAAGGAAUACCGGACUUUUUCCGUAUUGUUAUCAAUGCACCCACUGUGGAUCUGCAUGAUGAUUUAGAAAAACUCCUUGAAGCCAUUGAGGAGGCGGAUUCAAGCAUAGAAGAGUGGAACGAAAUUUUGCAAUAAAAGACUUACAAUAGCAACAUGGCACUAAGCUUUUUUUAUUUAAU